AUGGACAACGGAAAACUCAUUGGAUGUGUAUAUUUGGACCUGUCCAAGGCGUUCGACACUAUCGCUCAUUGUAUUCUCUUGGACAAGUUACCUGCGUAUGGUGUUGUAGGCCCUGAACUUGCUUGGUUUACAGAUUACCUAUUCAAUAGAACUCAGUUGGUUGAAAUGCAAAACAAUUGCUCCAGGCCAAGCACUAUUACCACUGGAGUGCCGCAAGGAUCCAUCUUGGGUCCUUUAAUGUUUAUAGUGUUUUUCAAUGACCUCAAAGAAUCAGUCAAGAAUUCUGAAAUCAUUAAGUAUGCGGAUGAUACGGUAAUUCUAUAUGCUGAUAAAGAUGCGCAAAAUAUUGAGGAUGCUUUAAACAAAGAUAUGAAUCUGAUUAGAGAUUAUUGUUAUCAUAACGAACUCCUCUUGAACCAGAAGAAGGACAAAACGGAAGUAAUGCUUUUUGGAACGUCGCAAAGGCUUAGAAAAAGUAGAAAAACCUAA